AUGUCUACGACCUCUAAGGUUGUUUUGGGAUUAUCGAUAGUGCUCACUAUCAGCACCGUUGCAGGCGUUCAUAUCAAGCAGAAUUGGGACAGACAGAGGCUGCGCGAGGGAGUACUGCGGGAUCUGGAGCGCGUGGAGCGGAAGCGCGAGAACCUGCGCGUCCUCGAGGAACAGAUCCAGCUGACAAGAGAGCUCGUGGCCGAGCGACAACGACGAGAGGCUGACACGGCGGGGACACACAGUUCAUAAACCGACUAGUUACACUGGUGGAAAAAUGGACAGUGGGGACCAGAGGGGUCUCACGGCACAGGACGAGGAGACCAUGUGCACGUCAGCGUCUGAGGGCCUGGAGGAAGGCGAGGUGGAGGGAGAAACUCUCCUCAUUGUGGAAUCUGAGGACCAGGCAUCUGUGGAUCUGUCUCAUGACCAGAGCGGAGACUCUCUGAACAGCGACGUCGGUGAGGACGGAGAGGGAAGCUGGAAUGAGGACAUGUCGUUCUACUGCGACAAGUGCCACAAAUGGAUCCCGGCCGGUGAGAAGACCAUUAACAAGAGACGACAUGUCUGAUGUGACCAGUUUGAGAUGUGAUGUCCAGCUUGUGCUGCCUUUGUUGACUCAAUAAAGAAUUGUCUGAAAAAAUG